AUGUCGGGCCGCAGUUCGCCGCCGAACAAAUAUCGUCGGCUUGCUGCAAAGCCUCUGCCCAUCGUCAACGAAAUCACAUUUCUGGCAGAAACCGGGACGGGGACUACACCUGGCCCCAGCUCUAAGCCACCAGCUGCGGUGAUUCGGCCUAUGAGAAAGACUAUCAACGUUGCCUGCGAGUCGUGCCGUAAGCGGAAAAUCAAGUGCGAUGGAAUUCGACCGCGGUGUUCAAGCUGCGAAAGCCGCGAGAUUCUUUGCCAGUACCCUUCGGCGUAUCGCGGAGAAAACUUCACGGCUGCCUUGAAGCGCAAAUGUUUGGAGGAAAAUGAAAAAACCACGUCCUUCCAAGAGAUCUUCUCCACCCUUCAAAACUGCUCGGACAAAGAUGCAAUGACCAUGUUCAACCUCGUACGCCAAGGUGUAGAUCCCAAAUACCUCUUGAAGCAGAUGAAAGAGUGCGACUUUGUAUUCCAGCUCGCCGUUGUUCCAGAGACCAGGAGACGCUAUCAGUUUCCCUAUCUCCCCACCAUGCCACUCCGUCUUCAAACACCAGACAAUCCGUAUCUCAAGUCGGUGCUAUACGAGACUGUGUUCCUCCAGCCUGAUGAUGACAGCAGCGAUGAAGAAUCCGACUCCUCUUCGGCAGACACGCGACUGGGCCGAUAUCACAAUGUGUACAUGCGACCAUACCAUGCCGCUGAGGUCCUCGAUCCUCUGAUUGAUCUCGCCAAACCCUCCCAAUGGACCGCGGUAAUCGCUGACGACCGCCUGAUGCGAACACUAUUGCGGGCCUAUCUCCUACACGAGUACCCGACCUUUCCUGUAUUUCACAAGGACAUAUUCUUCCAGGCCAUGAUCAACAAUGACGGGCGAUUUUGCUCAUCAUUACUCGUCAAUGUCCUGUUAGCAGAGGCUUGUCACUGCCAUAUGGGCAUACCUAACCGCGAGCAGUUUUGGAACCCUCAGGGCCUUAAAUAUCGCUUCCUAGCCGAAGCUAUACGCCUGUGGGAGCUGGAAAGGACCAGAGUAGACCUGGUUACCGUACAGGCUGCCACACUCCUGAAUCUCGUCUACAGCCACAACGGCAUGGAUAAAAUCGGCGAGAUCUAUCUCAACCACGCUCUCAAAAAGGCUCGGCAGCUGGAUCUAUUUGGUGAUCAUGCGAAAAUAGACAACGAAAGGAUGUUCCACGCCCGAGUUUUCUCUGCAUGGGCUCUCUUCAACUGGCAUAUACAAUCGUACUACUACUAUCGGCCUCCUCUGAUUCCAGACCCGCCAGCCAUACCGCUGCCUGAUCCAGAGAAGCAUCCGUUUUGGUAUGGAGAUUUCAUGCUCCAGUACCCACUCAGUUCGAGGCUUGUCCCGGCGCAGUGCGGACAACACUUCAAGGCGGUAUCUGGUUUGCGUGCAAUUAUCCACGACAUGGCCGCAAUUGGCUACGAUGAGACUCCAGAUUCUGAAGACUCUCCAGAGCCCGUUUUGUCUAUGUUUUCGAGGCUUGAGAAGUGGUUUUCGGAAUUACCCGCCGCUCUCUCUCCUCAAAGUAUUGUCUUUCCAUGGCAGCUCAAAUUGCAUAUGGAGAUGUAUCUAGCCACUAUCCUGUUUUCUUCGAAGCAAACCGGCAUCUCAGAGCCUUCAAUCCUCAAAAAAGAAACAGCGCAUAGUACUGCUUCUCAUGCAGCCUCUCGCCUCGAGACCGUCACGCGGCUCUACUACAUCCGCCACAGCUUCGAAUACUGCGACUCCUUUUUGACGAUCCACCUAUCAUUCGUAGCUGGCGCCGCCAUGGACGCGUUGAAAGCAACUCCUGCCCAUGAAGCGAGCACUGCCAGGUCUCUCAAGUCGACGAUUAUUUUGAGCCUCAAAGGGCUGUAUGAGCAGGGCCAGCACAUCCACCUUACCUCAGUCAUCUAUCGACUGUUGCGGGAUCGACUUGAGCCCAAAGAUUUAGAGCUUCUUCAAAAUCAUGUGGAUUGGGAUCCGCUUGCCCCCGAAGAGCCUUUACUGGUAAAAUACGCCCAAUCUCAUUAUCCUCUGACAAUGGGAAGCAAAGAGGCAGAUCCCGAUGGAGCGCGGCUUGAAAAUCUGGUAAAGCAGUAUGAUCAGCUUGCAUUUGAGGAAGGUCAGUCAUCUCGACAAACAUAG